CCACCACCAUUCAAUAUAAACCAUAACCCUCUCUCUCUUUCCUCUUACCUUUACUUCAUUUCAUACCAUACCUUUCUUCUCUACCCAUUCUUUUUCUUCGAUCAUCCCUUCCUCCUUUUUCUUGUUAAUUACUUAAUUUAAUCCGAGAUGGCUGCCGCCGGUGAUGUUUUCCUGCCGGAAGUGGGUGCCGGAAAGCUGCACGUGCUUGCCGUUGAUGACAGCCACGUCGACCGCAAGGUUAUUGAGCGGUUGCUCAAAAUCUCGUCUUGCCAAGUGACGGUGGUGGAAAGUGGAAGCAGGGCUCUGCAGUAUCUGGGGUUGGAUGGAGAGAAGAGCUCCAUUGGUUUUGAUAGUGUCAAGGUUAAUUUGAUAAUGACAGACUACUCCAUGCCGGGGAUGACAGGCUAUGAACUGCUCAAGAAGAUAAAGGAAUCAUCUGUGUUUAGAGAGGUUCCAGUGGUGGUUAUGUCGUCUGAGAAUAUCUUGACCCGAAUUGAUAGUUGCUUGGAGGAAGGAGCAGAAGAGUUUCUGUUGAAACCUGUGAAGUUGUCAGAUGUAAAACGCGUUACAGAUUUCAUCAUGAAAGGGGAAGGGAAGAAAGGAGUAAAAAAAAGCCAUAAAAGAAGUAGAUCAGAUGAUUACAGCCCUCCAUCAUCAUCAUCAUCAUCAUCUAUUUCAACUGCGUUCUCAUCAGUUUCUCAUCCCUGUGAUCUAUCAUUGCCUGCAUCACCUUCUUCUGCAUUGCUCUCAAAGAAAACCAGAUUGAGCAUAUAGAUUGAGCAGUGGUGUUUUGUCUCCUCCAAUUUUGCCAAACCAUUGUUCAUAUCCAAAAUGUUUUUUGCUUUUAAAACACUACACUUUGCUGACAAUGAGUGUACUAGGAUUAGGAAUGAGGAAGAGGAUGACACAAUCACUCUGCUUUUUCAUUUCUCUGCUCACAAAUUUUUGCUGUACAGAAAACUAAAUUCAUUAAAAAUUAACGAAACCCUCUCUGUUUUGAGGGGGUCUCACAUCAAAAUUUUAUUCACUGUCUCUUCAUGUUCACUACAGCCAAUCAUUCUGAAUGUUCUUGAUUCUUAA